AUGCUGCCGUGGACUAUUGGAAUUAAGUCCCUCGCUUCCGAGGGAAGAAUGCGCAGUGUGGUGCUUCUCAUUACAGAAUUGGCCGUGUUCCUGCAUCUCACGGAGGUGACUCCAGGUCUGUCCUGCACCUUCACACAACUUCCUCCUUCUGCAGUGACAAAAACAUCACAAGCAAAUAGAAAAAGCGGAACUGACAUCGAAAGUUGCCUGAAAUUCUGCUUCGAGAGCUCAAACUGUGCUGACGUCACGUUUUAUUCU